UCAUCUGUUACAACAUCGCUCGCAUCGUACGUUCGGUAUGAGAGACUAGAAGUAUAUACAUAGAACCCAUGCGCUGGUGUGACUGCUAGUUUUAGACGGCUACGAUAAAGCCUUUUAAAUAACUUUUAUCGUUUCACUCACGAAAUAUAAACAUCAAUGAAUUUCUCUUGAUAAAUAAGGACGCUAAAGAUGUCAAGCAAAGAGUAUGAUAGUGAAAUGGAUUGCUCUGAUUCGGAUUGCGGGGAUCCAGGCUACGAAGACUAUUACAAUGUUCAACCAUGGGGUGGUGAAGUUGACAAUGACAUAGAUCCUGAUCAAAACAGAAAGGAUCCAGAAUAUGCUGUAUAUGAUUGUUUACGAGUCGAAGAGGUGGAAAGACUUUUAAAUGAAUACGUUGAACUCUUAAGUAAUAGUCUUCAUAUAACACCAUCGCUAGCCAAAGUUUUAUUACAUGCGCACAAUUGGGCAUUACAAGAUAUCAUCGUAAAAUAUAGUACUAAUGCUUCCAGUUUAUUAAUUAAAUCAAAAGUAAAACCAUUGCCUCUAUUGGACACAGUGCCAGGAUUGAAAGGUCAAAGAGGUGGAUUGUGUUUAGUUUGUGUUACAGUUUAUCCGGCUGAUAAGUUUUCUACAUUAACUUGUGGACAUUCAUUUUGUAAAGACUGUUGGUGUAUGCAUUUUGAAGUACAAAUAACUCAAGGUAUCUCUACAGGAAUAAGCUGUAUGGCUCAAGAAUGCGAUGUUCUAGCUCCGGAAGACUUUGUUCUGUCUUUACUUACUAAGCCUAACAUGAGAGAAAGGUAUCAACAAUUUGCUUUUUGCGACUAUGUGAAGUCUCACCCACAAUUGAGAUUCUGUCCUGGACCCAAUUGUCAAAUAGUUAUGCGAUCAAAGGAACAACGGGCGAAAAGAGUUAUAUGUACAUCGUGUAAAACUAUAUUUUGCUUCCGAUGUGGUAUGGAUUACCAUGCACCAACUGACUGCAACACAAUUAAGAAGUGGUUGACAAAGUGUGCAGAUGAUUCUGAGACGGCUAAUUACAUUAGUGCCCACACUAAAGAUUGUCCAAAAUGUCAUAUUUGCAUAGAGAAGAAUGGUGGCUGCAAUCACAUGCAAUGCUAUAAUUGUAAACACGACUUCUGUUGGAUGUGCCUUGGAGAUUGGAAAGCGCAUGGAACAGAAUAUUAUGAAUGUUCCCGCUACAAAGAAAAUCCUAAUAUUGCUCAUGAAAGUGUUCAUGCACAGGCUCGAGAAGCUCUCAAAAAAUAUCUUCACUAUUAUGAGAGAUGGGAGAAUCACAGUAAAUCAUUAAAACUUGAAGAACAAACUUUGGAGGGGAUAAAAAUGCGGAUAAAUAAAAAAGUGAUGAAUGCAAGCGGAACUUGGAUCGACUGGCAACAUUUGUUUGAAGCUGCGUCACUUUUGGCACGGUGCCGUUAUACGUUGCAGUAUACUUAUCCUUAUGCUUACUAUAUGGAACCUGGACCGCGUAAAGAAUUGUUCGAGUACCAACAAGCUCAGUUGGAGGCUGAAAUUGAAAAUCUAUCCUGGAAGAUAGAACAUGCGGAAACGACGGAUCGUGGAGAUCUUGAGAAUCAAAUGGAUAUUGCCGAGAAACGUCGUGUCACAUUGUUAAAGGACUUCCUUGAGGUAUAAGCAUUCAUCGGACAUGUUGUAAUGUGUUCUGUAAUCACUAACGCGUUUUCUACAUUCGGGCCAAACUUGUAAAGCAAUUGCAGUUUAAUUUUUGAAACGAUUAAUCGUAUAUUCCAAGAAAUAAUAUUUUCUAUGUAGCAUGUACUAGAUAACUAUUUGACACUAAGAGAACAGGACACAGGACAUAGAACAAAGUUUUAAUAAUUAGAAAGAAGAUUAAAGAUGUUCUGCAAGCGAUAACCGAAGAAAAUAUCUUUCCUAACACGUGAAGAAUUUCAGUCAAAAGAUAAUGUUUCCUAGAAUUAACUAUUCGUUUUUCUUUAAAUUAUAGUAUUUAACGGAGAUUUGUCCGUCUGUAUCAUGAGUGACUUUUUCAAACGAAGAAAUUGGAGUCUCGAUGAUCUAAACCGAAUCUCGAUUUGAUUCUUAUAGCUAAGUUAUUUAUGUAAUGAUACAUAACGAAGAAUUCUAUUGGUGCAUGAUCAGAAUUAGCACCACAGAGACGGGUUAAUGAAAGAAAAUAGGAAAGUAUUAAUUGUACCGACUGAUUGUUAAAAUUUGUUGUAGAGUGUAUAUUAAUUUCCUAGUCUAAGUGUAUUUCCGUAACGAUGCAGCGCUUUCUUCGAGGUUCAAUAUUUAGGAACUACUUUUGUCGACGCUUACAGUGAAGUCUGCCGCCAACUGCAAUAACAAUUGCAAAUCUUAUGGAUACUUAAAUAGGCAUCAUCGAAUGACUUUCAACUUCAAGAACAUAGGUCGAUGGAGAUUUUUAACAUUUUUUUUUUAUUGCUGCUAUUUAAGAUACGUUUUAGUACCGACAACUUACAGAAAAAGAAUAAAAGAACACAGGUAGCCUAACAAAUAAUUAGGUGCCAACGAAUGGUAUCUUUUGCCGUGUAAAUAUUGUGGUAAUGUAAAAGGAUGUGACAUUUUCUAUAAUUAGCGUAUAAGAUGUAUGCAACGAUCAAAGACAUCUGCGACGAACGUAGCCGUAACCGAGCAGUAACUCUUUGUAAACUAUUUAAACACGAUACGUUAGAAUAGCAGUGAUAUUCUACGAGAGAACAAUGAUCGUCGAUGAUUCAUUGACGAAUAUUAUUACAGUAAUGACCAUUGCGUCAAACUAAAUGUAACAACCACUGUGUCGCUAAAAAAAAUAAACUUUAUCGUAAAACAAUUAAAA